AUGGGCGGAGGAGGAGAGCACCACCACGGCGGAGAUUUCAGAGCGAAAGUUUGGAGUAUGACGGGCGGGCCCUACUGCCGCCCCAAGCACUGGAAGCGCAAUACCGCAUUCGCCAUGGCUGGCAUCGUUUUGAUCUACAUUCCCAUUGCCAUGAAAUCUGCCGAGCUCGAGCAACGUCCACAUCUUCCAGUUCAUCCAUUCCCUCCCAGAUCUGGAAGAAUUCUUGAUGGAUCCAAUGGAAAUGUGGCAACUGAUUUGUAUGCCAGAUUUGAGGAAGAUAUUACGUGGAUGAAGAAAAUGGGGUUUGAUGCCUAUAGAUUUUUAAUUUCAUGGUCAAGAAUUUUACCCGAUGGAAGGUGUUGUGCUGGAAUCAAUAAAGAAGGAAUUGACUACUAUAACACCAUUAUUAACACUGUUAUCAAACAUGGCCUUGAACCAUAUGUGACCCUUUUUCAUUUUGAUUUACCUCAAGCACUACAAGAAGAGUAUGGUGGGUUUUUAAGCAAAAACAUAGUGAGAGAUUUUCGUGAAUAUGUUGAGUUAUGCUUUUGGGAAUUUGGUGAUCGAGUGAAACACUGGAUCACAGCGAAUGAGCCGACAACCUAUUGUGUUAAUGGAUAUGCUUCAUGCACUUUUCCACCUAGUCAAGCUAUUUCUUCAGCUUAUAUUUUAGCUUUAGCUCUACAAUCAAAAGAUUCUGUUUCUGAUCCACCUCCAGCGAACGUUGAUUUGAUUUCUACUCCUCCAUACGUCGCUCAGAGCAGUAAUAUUAAUAACCGUAAUCUCUAUGGUUCCGGUCCAAAUACAUAUGAUCCCAAAAAUGUGUAUACUGCUGCAAGAAAUAUGCUCCUUGCUCAUUCCGAAGCUGUGCACACUUACAGAACCAAAUUUCAGGGAACAUUAAGGAGGGAAGAUCGGUAUAACACUUUGUUGCAUCUGGUAUGA